AUGGCUGAAUCACUGAGUGAAGUUUCUGGCAGUCUGGAAGUUCUGGAGACCAGUGAUGAGGGAAAGAAGAAAUUCAAAUUUAAAGCCUUCAAGAGCUUUUUUGGCAAGAAGAAGAAAAAAGAGCCUGGAGAUGCCCAGGGAGGGACAAUGCUAAAGGCAAGCUUGUCCAGCAGCAACAUUAGCAUGUCUUCUCUGAGGCCAGUUCUGGAAGAUCAACAACAAACUGAGCCUAGGCCAAAGAGUGGCAUGGGGAACAAAGCCCUAUCCCAUGAUAGCAUCUUCAUGUUGGAACCUGAGCCUGAAAGAUCAGCAAGUAUGUGUCCCUCUACAGAGUCCCAGAGAGGCAGAACUCGGCAGAGAUCUCGUGUUUCCAGAACCCUGCCUAGAACUGGGAGCAGUAAUGUGCAUGGAGUUGUGUCUGAGGCCAUGUUUGGAGUUGUGCCGGGAAAUGAAGUCUGUUCUGAGGAUUCCAGGAUCACUGAGAUCCCACCAUUUCGCCCAUGCCAACCCAACAUCAGCCCACCCCUUAUCCAAUCUGACACAAUUUAUAAGGACUUGGUAGAAAUCCCUAUUGAUGAUGAGUCACCUAAGAGCCCACAAAAGAAGGCUUUGCCUCACAAGACGUUAACAGCAAAGAAAAGCUCUGAGACACCAUCCGGACCUGAUGACUCCCAGUCCCUGACUGCGUUUGCCACGCAUGCCUCUCCCAGCAGCACCCAGCUGCCCGUUGGUUUCAGCACCCCAGCCACCACCAAGGGCUGUUUGGAUUCUUCGGCUGCUCGACACAAGAUGGCCUUAAAUCCUCGGAAACAAAAGAAGAAAAAGAACCUUCAAGUGACUGUGAAACUGAAGCAGGAGGAGUCUGAAGAAGAAAAGAUUACAACCAAACCAAAAGAAGCCAACCAAAAGGAGCUGAAAAAAGACAGUGCAGGUCUCUCAAGCCAGGAACAGAACAACAAAACUGAGAUUUAUGAUAAGAAGAUAACAGAUCAGGCUCUAAACACAAAUGCUGCUGCAAGUCUGGGCUAUCCAGUAUUAGCAGCAUAUGGAACAAGAUGGAGAGGAAAAGGAUCAAGUACUUCCAGGAUGAGUGAGUGUGGAUCCAAAGGAAGAAGAUUUAAACAAUCCAGUAAAAGGUACAGCCUGGGCCACAGAGCUGGGUACUCAUCUACUGAUAAGACUGACAGAAAUUUCUGCCAUCUGCCCUUGGAGGAGCAAGUCGUGGAGAAGCCUACAACUGCACAAGCAGAAACCAUCACUUCUCAGGAGUUUCUUUCAGAUAAAGAUGACACAGGCAAGAGAAAUGUCGGCAUAGACUUCGAAGCCAGAAAAGCAUCAGCACAACCCAUUCCUGAAGACGUGGAAGAGUCCAUGGCUAGUGGUUCACUACCAUGCCAUGAAGAGGAGGCUUCUGGAGCUACAAAGACAGAAGCCAGAGCUUCUCUUUUACCAAUGGAGAAAAGCCUUUUUACAACCCAAAAAGAGGCCAUUCUAUCAGUGGCAGCAGAGGCUCAGAUGGUCACAGAUCCUUCUCAUAUCCAGCCGGAAGAGAAAGAAGCUUUCAGUCUUUGUUCACAAAAUGCCCAAUACAAAAUGCAGUCAGCCCACAAUGUCCCAAGUAUCCACAAAGGAAAGCUUCCUAGAAAUGCUCUCCAGGCCUUUGCAACAAGCAUUUGGGGUAUGAUGGGUGCUACCAGUACUACAGCUGAGGGAGGCAUUUCUGCCCAGAGGCUACUUCCCAGAAGCCUUGCCCAGUCAUUGAGGAAGCCUGAAGCUGAAGAAGUCCCCUCAGAUUCGGAGAAUUCAGAGAGUAUUCCCAAGGAGGAGAGCGGUUCUGAGGAACUGGCUCACAAUCACUCUUCCCAGUCCUUGGAGAAGCUUGAAGAUGAACAAGAAGUUUUGUCAGAAUCAAAAAGUUUUUUUGUGGACUUGAACAGCUCUGAGGAGGAGCUGGUCCCCAGAUACACUUCCCAGUCCUCACAGGAGCCUGAAGAUGAAGAAUUCUCCACAGAUUUCGAUAGUUAUGUUGAAAAGUACAACAGUGCUGAGGAUUGGAGCAGCUCAGAGGAAGAUCUGCCCCUCAAACACCCUGCCCAGGCCUUGGCGAAGCCCGAAGACCAAGAAGAAGUCACUUCAGUUUCAAAGAACCCUUCCAAAGAGGGGAAUGCUUCUGUGCAGCAACUGGCUCCCAGACACCCUUCUCAGCCUACUGGGAGGCCUACUGUUGAGCAACAAGUCUCCGCCAUCUCAGUGAGCACUGCUGCAGAAUGGAGCAGUUCUGCGGAGCCUAUGCCUCCCAGACGCCCUUUCCAGCCAGGGGUGAGCCCUACCUGGGAGCAACAAGUCUCUGCAGGUGCAGAGAGUGCUGCUGUUGAGGGGAGCAUUUCUAUGAAGCCUCUGCCUCCUAAACUUAUUUCCCAGCCCAUGAUGAACUCUAAAGUUCAACAAAACGUGUUCUUAGGUUCAGAGGGUGUUGCUGAGACAGUCAUUUCUGCGGAGCCUCUUCUCUCCAAAUAUUCUCCCCAGCACUUCACAAAUCCUCAAGUCCAGCAAGUCUCAGAAAGCACUGCCAUUGAGGAAGGCAUUUUUGUGGAGCUGCCGCCUCCUGGAUGCCCUUCCCAGCCCUUGGGGAGGCCUAAAGUGCAGCCACAGAUAAUUACCCUAAACUCAGCAAACACUUCUGCAGGAUGGAGUGGUCCUGUGGAGCCAGUGCCUCCCAGACACACCUUCCAACCAUGGGUGAACCCUAAAUUUGAGCAACAACAACAAGUCUCUGCAGGUCCAGAGAAUGUUGCCACUGAGAAGGGCAUUUCUUCAGAGCUGCCAAUUCCCAGAAGUCAGUCCCAGUCCACUGUGAAACAGAGAGUCCAGCAAAUGUCCUCAAGUGUUAACAACGCUGCUGUUGAGGCAGGCACUUCUGAGAGGCCACUGCCUCCCACAUAUCCUACCCAGUUCUCGGUGAAGUCUAGAGUUCAGGAAAUGUCCUCACGUCUAGAAAACACUGCUAUUGAAGAAGGCAUUUCUAAGAAAUCUCAGUGUCCCAGGGCUCCUUCCCAGUCAUUCGUGAAGUUUAUGGCACAGCACGUCUUUUCCGAGAGCCCUGCUGUUGAGGGAGGCAUUUACAUGGAUCCUCUGUCUCACAAUCCUUUUAAAUCUUCCUCGAAGCCUAAAGUCAAGCACCAAGGGUUCUCAGACUGGGAGAAUGCUGACCCUGAGCGAGGCAUUUCUGUGAAGAUGCUGCCUGUGAAGCACCCUUUCCAGUCCGCGGGGAGGCCCAAAGACCCACAAGAAGGUUUCUCAUAUUCAGAAAGUACUCCUAUGAAGUGGAGCAGUUCUGAAAAGAAGCCACCUAUGAGACAGCUUUCCCAGGACUUAGGGAAGCUUGAGCACCAGCAACAAAUCUCCUCAGUUUCUAAGAGCUUUUCUGAAGAGGGCAAGAAAUAUGAAGAGCAGAUGCCUUCCAGAUGCCCUUCCCAAGCCUUGGAUGGGUCUGAAAUCCAGCCACAGAUUUUCCCAAUGGGCUCAGUGAACAUACCUGUAAAGUGGAGCAGUCCUGAGGAGCACCUGCCCCCCAGUGACCCUUUCCAGGCUUUUGGAGACCCUGAAUAUCAGCAACACGUUUAUUCAAGUUCUGCUCCUGCUGAGGGAACCAUUUUUGAGAGCAGUGCUGGCAGCUGGUCCCUACCAAGAGUCUCAGCUGCUCCAAACAAAACCAAGAAGCACAGCCAAGGUUCUGAAGACCUCACUAAGAGCAUCCUGACGCCUGCUACCAAACCUGGGAAGUUUACCACUGAUCCUGCCUGGCAAACAUCCAUUUCUGGCGGCACUUACUCUAAGGAAGAAGUUCUUGAGAGUGAUGGUAGAAAUAAUAACCACCAUUCAGAUUUAUCCAAUGAGGCUGAUGUUGAAAAGCUUUUUGGAGUUCGACUGAAAAGAAUCCCUUCCUCACAGAAGUAUAAAAGUGAGCAACAAGAUCACUUUACCGAGCUUCCUUCCUUGCCCUUGGGUCCAGUCUCAUCCUCUGCAGGUAGGGAAUGUCAGAUCAGAAGCAGCUCUUCCCAGGGGCUCCUGAACACUGCAGAGAACCUCACUGCAAUAUCUGGCUUUGCAGAGAAGCAAAAUAGCAAGUCCAAAUCUGAAGGCAUGGCCAAGAAGAAACCUGCUUACAAGACCUCAGCAAAGCAUCCUGGUCGACAGUCAGAUGAUGCCGUCUCAGAGCCAGCUUGGAUAACCAUGGGAAUGCAGAAGCAGAGGCAUUUCCAGGCCCACGAUCCUAUGAAAGAGCCAAAAACCAAGAGCAGAGCUGGAGCCAAGGCUGAGACUAAGGAGCCUAAAUAUAGGGGAACUGACCCUGCAAAUGAAAACCAGCCAAAAAUGAUUUUAACUUCUGAUGUCCGUAGACAGGGGAAGACAGCACAGAUGAAGCUACCUAAGUCUACCAAACCAGUUGGAUUUGAAGAUCAGAAGAUACCACAAGUACCUACCAUGGGGAAAGAAACCAAAGGAUCUUCAACUGUCCCAGCUGCAUCCCAACAGCUGCUGGUUAAGCCGGUUAAGCCGGUUGAGCCGAUUGAACCUGUCUGGUUCUCCAUGGCCAAGAAGAAAGCCAAAGCAUGGAGCCACAUGGCAGAGAUCAUGGAAUAGCUCCUGGGUGGAGUCUCAGCAUUUUAAACGAUAAUUGCCAAUAGCUGUAUUAAUUCUAUGUAGUGAUCUCUUUAC